UUGCGCUCGUUUGUCGACAUCUGCUGUCAGGAGCUUCACCGAGCACCACCAUCAUCCUCCUCCUCAUCAUCCUCCCCACCCCUCAACCUCUCCCUGCGGGAACGACAAUAUCCAGCUCUUAACAUUAACUAUUUGGAAUUGCAAAUCCUCGCCAAAGGACCCAGUUUGAGCGGCAUAGACCACAUCCUGUCAUUAAUGGCGUCAGAAACGCGUCUCACGCUCGCGUUAUUGUACAGGAGGUAUGGCGGCUAAUCAGACGCUCUGUGAAUCCGCAUCAGUGAGAUUUCCAAUGCAUGCUUUUGAUAUGAUUACAAUAUGAUUAUUUAAGCAUAGGAACGAUCGUUAUUAGUUAUUUAAAAGAUGCAUGUGCGCGCAUACGGUGCACAAAUUCCCUAAUCAAAUCGCAGGUGUUGUUGCAAACAGAAUUAAGCGAUGAAAUUCAAUUUCAAAAUGCAUGACGGAAUGGACAGACUGAUUUAAAAGCACUGGUUGCAUUGGAGAGCGUUCGUGAUUACUGGAUGCUGAGGACUCUGGGGAGAGUUUGAGGUGGUCCACACCCCGUCAUUGUUCCAGCCAUGUCCCCUCCAGCAUCCGCUGCGACAGCCAGUGAGAGCAGCACCACCACUGUGUUCGAGGACGACCCAGACGGCACUAGAGAGGAGCAGAGGCCUGUGAAUCAGUCACUGAGCAAGUCCAUGUGCAGAGAGGUGUUCUGGAAAUGCCUGCUGCUGUCUCUGCUCAUGUACGGCUGCAUGGGAGCCAUGGUGUGGUGCCACGUCACCAAGGUCACACGGCUGACCUUUGACAGUGCCUACAAAGGGAAGUCCAUGAUGUAUCAUGACAGUCCCUGCUCUGAUGGCUACAUCUACAUCCCCCUGGCCUUCCUCAUCAUGCUUUAUGUCAUAUACCUGGUGGAGUGCUGGCACUGCCAUGCCAAAAAUGAGCUUCAGUAUAAAGUCCACGUGGAGGGGAUUUACGAAAGAGUCCAGAGGAUGCAGCAGGCCAAGCCGUGCAUCUGGUGGAAGGCGAUCAGCUACCACUACGUUCGGCGGACGCGGCAAGUCACGAGGUACCGCAACGGCGACGCGUACACAACCACACAGGUGUAUCACGAGAGGGUGAACACACACGUAGCCGAGGCGGAGUUCGACCACAGCCACUGUGGAGUUAAAGAUGUCUCCAAGCAGCUAGCUGAUCUGGAAAAGUCAGCCAUCACCAAACUGAGGUUCACCAAGUGCUUUAGCUUCGCCAACGUGGAGUCCGAAAACUCUUAUUUGACCCAACGUGCAAGGUUCUUCACCGACAACGAAGGACUGGAUGAUUAUAUGGAAGCUCGGGAGGGGAUGCACCUGAAAAACGUAGACUUCAAGGAGUACAUGAUUGCCUUCUCCAACCCCGACCACCAUCCUUGGUACAUCUCCAACUACGUCUUCUGGACAGCGGCGUUUAUUACCUUAUCCUGGCCGUUACGGGUGCUGACGGAGUACCGCACGGCUUAUGUCCAUUACCGUGUGGAAAAGCUCUUUGGUGCCGACUACAUACCUGUGACGCCCUGCGACGAGAGACCUUACUGUAGACGAAUCCCAAGGGUCAACACCAUCGACAGCACCGAAUUGGAGUGGCACAUUCGCUCCAACCAGCAGCUGGUGCCCAGCUACUCCGAAGCGGGUCUGAUGGACCUGGCACAACGUUCAGGAGGCGUCAGACAGAACUGUGAACGCUGCCAUCGUGCCAUCAGCAGCUCCUCUGUGUUCUCCCGAAGCGCUCUCAGCAUCUGCAACGGCAGUCCACGGAUCCCCUUCAGCGGGAGUCGCUUCUCCUUGGGAAGACUGUACGGUUCCCGCCGCAGCUGCUUCUGGAGAAGCGGGAGCGUCAGUAUGGAUGAACCCGAAAGCCCCAGCGAGAACACGCGAUGCCUGUCCGGACGGAUCAAUGUUGACGAGGAAGACCCACCGCCCUACCAGGAUGCACUGUACUUCCCGGUGCUUAUCGUCCAUUGCAAUGAGAGCUGUCCCAAUCAUCGCUCCUUCCACAGGAACAGCUCGUGUGUGGAAACGUCUUUAUGAUAAACCUCUGACCUGUUUUCAAAAGACGUGACAGUCUCAAUACCAGAUGUGUCCUGUUAACUCAGGAAUCAUUUAUUGGCCCACAACACUGUAUGCUUACAACAAUGGACGGAGCAAUUGAGAAAUAACUCCAAUAAUACACAUUUAUAGCAAUAAUGCAAACAAAGCAUUGGAGUUCUUGGUACAAGUAAUAAUUUUGAUUCGAUGACUGCAAAAAUAGCCUGAUUUUUGUUCAUAUGUUUUCUGACAGCUAUAAAGAACAUUGGCCACAAAGCAAAAACCCGGUCUUUUUUCUAAAAGUAUGACCAUUUUCACCUUUAAGGACCUUCUUAAAUGUUGCACUUGAAGUUACUUUGUUCAAAUCAUCUGUAAAAGAAUGUUACUUUGUUUCUCUCAUGUAGUGGAUUCCAUUGGAUCAUGAUAUGGUUCAUACAAGAAUCCUCUUUACUGUAUGUGAGAACAAAUAUAAUGGGUUAUCUGUACUGUUAUUGUGAUUAAACCACAUCAGGCAAAACUAUAUACACAAUUAUGAACCGUUCGCAACACUAUCUCAAACCUAUUAAGAAACCACUUGAUACAUUUCAGGCUAUGCAACUAUUAUACUCUAUUUAUGUUAUGCCUUUAAAACGUAUAUACAAUUCACAAUUGAAUGUAUGACUGUUGAAGCUUUUCUUUACAUGGCUUGUAUGUAGUGAACAAACUAUCCACCAAGGACUUGAUUAUUGAACAGGCUUGACAUUUAGUGAAUGUUUUAGGGUUUAUUGGCUGGUGGCUGUUCUUGUACCUGGCUGGAAAUCGCAUUGGAUCAAUUUAACACAGUAUACGAGAGCAAAUAUAUGCAUUUCUGUAUGCAGCUGUACAUUCAUGUAUCAAUUAGUUAACACUGUUUUGCAUCAACCAUAACAAACCGUAAUAAAAGUGCAGCCUCUUGAAACCUACAUUCAACAUGGUUUCACCAAUGAUACCUGGAGGCUAAAAACAAGUACUGACUCUCAGAAACGACCUACAGCUUUCCAAAGAUUUCAUUCAUGCACUUGAUCCAGAUACAGCGUAUAUAUGUCUCUGGUCUGUUACCUGUUGUGUAUAAAGGUUGCUAAAGCAUUUAUCCACUUUGUGUCUUACCACUUUUAUAAUGCCUGGAUAAUGUAUAUCAUAUCAUGAAAAAGGAAAAACACCAUCACUAUGCUGCCUUCAUGUAGCACACAUUAAACAUUGUUAUAUUAAAUAAACUCACUGAAUAAACUGA